GUGACAGGCGGCGGGCUGCGCUGCGUGGUGCCGUAGCAUCCUCAGGCUCGCUGCAGUUGGCGGCUCGCGCGCUCCGUUGGAGACUGAGUUCCUCCGCCGGCCCUUGGGGGGGACAGGCUGGGGAAUUCUGGUUGCGAACGGGAACGCCGGAGAGCUUGCGACAUUCAGAGGAGGGAUACGCGCCUGUAGAGUGUUACAACUGUGGAGUCAUCUUAGUUUUAGAUGGGAGAAGAACUCGGCAUAAGCAAUUAGAAUGAAAGAACCUUUGGAUGGUGGAUGUGACAAAGCAAUGGCACAACAAGGGCUUCUGGACAGAAUUAAAGAAGAACCUGAUGAUGCUCAUAUGCUACUGAUGGAAUCUCACUUGGCAUUCCUCCCUACCAUGAAGAACACUCUAUCCUUGUGGACCAAUAUAAGUAUCUUUUCUCUUACUUCUGUCAUCUGUUUUGCCACAGGAAGGAGGAAAGUAGCUACUGAAUAUGGACCUCAAGAAAGUGAACUAAAAAUCAGUGCCGUGUUUUCAGCCGGUGACACUUCUCUCGGCUUUCAGGUUGGUCUACCGUCAUCUGGCCCGAGUACAUCAUUUCCUGCAGUUCCAGCUGCUCAAGUGUUUUGUUUUGGUUGUAAAAAACUGCUUCUUAAGGGACAACCUAAUUACCGGAAGGCCGGAUCUGCCCAGCUUUACUGCUCCAUGGGAUGCAUCAUCAGAUUCUCCUCUGCAGUCUGCGUGCCACCUCUUCCCAAGAGAACCUGUGCACAUUGCUCCAAAGACAUUUUAAAUCCGAUGGAUGUGAUCACAACUCAGUUUGAAAAUUCCUCUCUCUGCAAAGAUUUCUGCAGCCAGUCAUGCCUAUUUUCUUAUGAGCUAAAGAAGCCUGUUGUUACCAUAUAUACCAGUGGCAUUUCAGCAAAGUGCAGUAUGUGUCAGAAGGGCACUGAUAAUUUGGCCCCGAAGCCACUCUAUGCCUUGGGGAAUUCAUCGAGGCUGUCUGCUGAAAUGAUUGAGACUACAAAUGACUCAGGAAGAACAGAGCUUUUCUGCUCUAUUAACUGCUUAUCUGCGUACAGAAUUAAGACUGUUAUUUCCUCAGGUAUACAGGUUGUGUGUCAUAGCUGUAAAACUGCAGCAGUCCCUCAGUAUCACCUAGCAAUGUCAAAUGGAACUAUUUGCAGUUUCUGUAGCUCCAACUGUGUGUUGGCUUUCCAGAAUGUAUUUAACAAGCCGAAGGGAAGAAGCUCUUCAUUGGCGCCCAUAUCUCAGGGCCAGGAGGUGAGGAGCACACCUGGGCAGUCUGCAGUGUCAGCAAGAAAACAUGCCCCUGCCUCUUGCUUCAGUAGCCCCAUCAGCAACCCUGCUGCAACCGCUCUGGAGACUCUCGCUAAACAGUCCCAGCAGAUUGCUUUGACCCAUUCAUUCUUGAAACUCACGUGCCUGCAGUGUAGCCUUCUGUUUGCCACAAAGCCAGAGCUGCUUUUCUACAAGGGUAGAAUGUUUAUGUUUUGUGGCAAGGCUUGCUGUGAUGAAUACAAAAAGCAGAAUAAAGUUAAGGCCUUGUGCGACUACUGUAAGCUACAGAAGACCAUAGAGGACACGGUGCGGUUCUCAGGGGUUGACAAGCCGUUCUGUAGUGAAGUUUGCAAGGUGCUCUCGGCUCGAGACUUUGGGGAAAGAUGGGGAAGCUACUGUAAGACGUGCAGUUACUGUUUACAGACGUCUGCAAAUUUUGUGGAAAAUCAACUGGAAGGCAAGCUCCAGGUCUUUUGCUGUGAAGAUUGCAUGUCUAAGUUUACAGCUCUGUUGCAUCAGACAGCCAGGUGUGAUGGUUGUAAACGGCAGGGUAAGCUAAGUGAGUCCUUGAAAUGGAGAGGCAACAUCAAAUACUUCUGUAACCUGUUCUGUGUCUUGAAGUUUUGCCAUCAGUACAGUGUGAAUGACCCAAUUCCACAAAGAAAAGUAUUUGUGCUCCCAAAGCCAGCACAGGUAAUUAUUCCUAAGGCACAAACUACUGUGACAGCACUCCCUUCUCCAAGGAUAGCUACAACACCAGUUAUAACCAGUGUGAUAUCAUUGGCAAAAAUACCCGCACUUCAGCCCACCAGGAAGACGAACAGUGUUUUAACAGGUGCUGGUCCUACAGAGGUAACAAAGAUCAUUGGAAAUGGAAGUGCACAGGCACCUGCUGAGAGACCUCAGCCUCUGAAGCCCCCCAAGCUUCUGAAGAACAAAGGCAUAUUGUGCAAGCCAGUCACCCAGACCAAGGCCACCUCUUGCAGACCGCAUACCCACCAUGCUGCUUGCCAGACAGAUUUACCUCUGCCAGAAUGGAAGAGUGAAGAACCUGAGUCUCCACCUGCAAAAAGAAGAAGACUAGACGUCUCCCAGACUUACAAUGCAGAGUAUAUCAGAUUUGGUUUCAUUCUCUGUUCUGGAUCACAGGAAAGUUCACUAAGCCCACAGUGUGUCAUUUGUGGAGAGGUCUUAUCUAGUGAAAGUGUGAUGCCAGUAAGUCUUUCUAACCAUUUGAAGGCAAAACAUUCAGACUUAGAGAACAAGCCAGUAGACUUUUUUGAGGAAAAAUCACUUGAAAUGGAAUGUCAAAAUAGUUCUUUAAAAAAGUGUUUACUAGUUGAAGAGUCACUUGUGAAAGCUUCUUAUUUAAUCGCUUUCCAAAUUGCUGCCAGGAAUAAGCCAUUCUCGAUUGCUGAAGAAUUAAUUAAACCAUAUUUAGUAGAAAUGUGUUCAGAAGUUUUGGGUUCAAGUGCUGGAGACAAAAUGAAAACCAUCCCUCUUUCUAAUAGCACAAUUGGGUGCAGGAUCAAGAAACUGUCUGAUGACAUCGAAGAUCAGCUGCUGCAGAAGGUCAGGGAGUCCAGGUGGUUUGCCCUUCAGGUGGACGAGUCGUCCGAGGCCACAGAGGCGCCGCUUCUCCUCUGCUAUGUCCGCUUCAUUGACUAUGACCGUGGAGAUGUGAAAGAAGAAUUAUUAUUUUGCACUGAAAUGCCUUCUCCGAGCACAGAUCUUGAAGUGUUUGAAUUAAUAAAUAAAUAUAUUGAUAGCAGAUCUCUGAAUUGGAACCAUUGUGUUGGUUUCUGUACUGAUGGGGCCGCAAGCAUGACUGACAGGUAUUUUCGUUUAAGGUCAAAAAUUCAAGAAAUUGCCAAGAAUACAGUGACAUUUACACAUUGUUUCAUUCACCGUGAACACUUAGCAGCUGAAAAGCUAUCUCCAUGCUUACAUGAAAUUCUUUUGCAGUCAUCACAAAUUUUAAGCUUUGUAAAGAACAGUGCCUCAGAUUCACAAAUGUUGACAAUUUUGUGUGAAGAGAUGGGAUCUGAGCAUGUGAAUUUACCACUUAAUGCUGAAGUACGCUGGCUGUCGAGAGGGAGAAUUUUAACAAGAUUAUUUGAACUGAGACAUGAAAUUGAAAUAUUUUUAAAUCAAAAGCAUUCAGAUUUGGCCAGGUAUUUCCAUGAUGAGGAAUGGAUUGCAAAGCUAGCCUAUUUAGCAGAUAUAUUUUCACUUAUAAAUAAAUUAAAUUCAAGUCUCCAAGGAACCAUGACUACUUUUUUCAAUUUGUAUAAUAAAGUUGACGUGUUUAAGAAAAGGCUAAGAACGUGGCUGAAGCGUGCACAGGAGAGUGAUUAUGGUAUGUUCCCUCUGUUUUCUGAGUUCUUAGACUCAUCAGAUGUAAGUGUGAAAAACAUUGCUAGCAUCAUUUUUGAGCACCUGGAAGGACUUUCUCAGAUAUUCCGUGACUGUUACCCACCAGAAGAGGACUUGCGUUCCGGAAAUCUGUGGCUCGCAGAUCCUUUUGCCACUUACCACAAUAACAAUCUCACUGACUCCGAGGAAGAAAAACUCGCCGUGUUAUCUUCCGAUACGGGAUUUCAGUCAGUUCAUAAAUCAAUGUCUGUCACGCAGUUUUGGGUCAAUGCAAAGACAAGUUAUCCCAAGCUCCAUGAAAAGGCAAUGAAGCUGCUGCUGCCCUUCUCAAGCACCUGUCUGUGCGAUGCCACCUUUUCGGCCUUGACUGCAUCCAAACCGAGAGACCUUCGGACUUGUGGUCCCACCCUAAGACUGGCAGUCACGUCAUUAGUUCCAAGGAUAGAAAAGUUAGCAAAGGAGAAAGAGUAGCAUCCGUAUUGCUUCUCAUCAGAGUGUAUAAUUUUGUGUUAAAUUUUGUAUAAGUAUCCUAAAAUACAGUUUGCUGAUGUAUCUGUAUUUUCAGUGAUUAAAUGUUUUAAUAUUUUUCCUUUGUUGUACAGGGAUUUAAGAAUUGUGGAACUGAGUAUAAUUAUAUAUAAUUUUAAUAACACAAGGGAGAAAA